UCUUGAAAAUGAGUGAAACUGGGUCACAAGACCAGCUCUAAAACAUCUCCGUGAGCUUGUGCAGCCAACAAAAACUGACAACUGGCAAAUUUGCUGGGUGAAAGACAGAGAUAACCUAUCAGGCAAAUCGUUAGGCUACCCAAUGGCGACAGACGUUCACUCUGCUGUGAAAGAUGUUCCACUUUUAGACAUUCACGUGGACCAUGAGAACCUUGAAAACGGUGUUUACCAGGUUUUGACGAAGUUGCGUAGCAAAUGGAAGAGGGAGGAUAUUAAAAGAAAAUAUAUUGAUGCAAACAGCGCCCACGCAAACCGCACUUUUGUGUGCUACAUCACCGACGAUUUCGAUGACGCAGUAGUUUUCCGUGUACACACAGACCGUUUCCAACAAUUCGUAAACAGAGAGGUUUCAAUGAAGGCGUUCUUACUUUUCAACGAGAUCGGUUUGGCGCCAAAUGUGUACUGUCGUCUGCAGAAUGGGAUAUGCUGUGAAUAUGUCCACGGAGAGACGUUUUCGAAGGAUCACCAAGAAAAGUUGAAAGAUAUUUCUAUAGCAAAAAAUGUUGCCAAAGAACUGGCAAAGGUCCACGCCAAAAGAACGACAAGGAUUGCGGCGGAAAACUACAACAUUACAGAGGAAAAUGCUCCUUGGAUAACAUUCGAUACGCUGAUGAAAAGUUGGCCAACGUCUUAUUUUGAUGACGAGUGCCAGAAACUAAUCGAUUCCCAUGAAUUUCCAACAAAAGAGGAAUUUCUAAAAGAAAAAGAAGACAUGGAGAAGAUGAUCAGUGGCCUUGACCUUUCAUUCGGGUUUUGCCAUAACGACAGUGGUUUCGGAAAUGUGAUUUAUAAUGAGAAAAAAGAUCGUGUUGUCAUAGUGGACUACGAUGUAUGCGGAUACAACUACCAGCCACUAGACCUAGCCCAGUACACCGUUAGCGCCUCCCUCGGUUACCCAAAGAAAUACCCAGAGGUGGGUCUACGCGCCCUUUUCCCUCCAGACCAGCAAAGAGACAUCUGUCGGGUAUAUCUGGAAGCAUUGCGCCAUCUUGAUGUAUGGGACCGUGACGUCACUGAUGGCGAUGUCGAAAAACUUUAUGUACAGCUGGUCAAAUUGUCUUUUUAUUUCAUAAUUUUUGGAGUGGCAGCCCGCGGUCUUAUGGCCUCGGUACCAAACGUCGGUCCAGACACCAGACCGGUAGAUUACAUGAGGUCUGGCAUCGGUAAUUGGAACUGGUACAAAGAAGAAAAGGGCAGAGUCUUAUCAAUGAGAGUCCCGGAUGUAAACCCAAGGCAUAAUCAAAACUAGAAACACGCGUCUCUACAUUACAAUGUUUUAUCAUUUUAAAUAUGCCAGUUAUGGGAUGGAACGGGUAUGGAAUCGGAAACUGAUAUGAGAAGGAGACAAUCAUGCUUCAUGGAACAAUGGAGACUUAUUACAGGGCGAAGGUUCCAAGAAUUGUUGCAAGAAUUAAACCCGAACAGGGAGUAAAAAAAUAGGCACAAUAUGACUAAAUAA